GAGUGAUUUUCCACAUGACUUGUACAGCUCCAGCGCAGAUAUAUAAAUACAUACCUUGCAGGACUUUACCACCAACCCAUACAAGACACUCACACACGAGCUCAAUCAACCAUCAUCAUGAGUAAACCAUAUCCAGAGAAUGGUCAACAGAUGUACCAAGCCUCCGAUGGCAAGUGGUACCCGACCGCACAGAUGCCUCAGAACUGGCAACAGAACCAAGGCCAGAGCGAGAACAGAGGAUACUACAAUCAACAACAACCUAUGGCUUAUGGUCAACAAGCUUAUGGCAGUGGUCAACCAGUCUACGUACAGUCUAGACCGGGGUACGGAGGAGGAGGAGCAGGCGCAGCGGCGGGCGGUGGAUGUCUAGCUGCCCUAUGUGCUGGAUUACUGUGUUUCGAUCUGGGAGCCUGCCUAUUCUAGAUAAACAGUGACGAUAAACAGGAAAAAUGGUACGUACGCUACACAAUGACAAG